AUGACAAAGGAAGAAGAGAAAAAAGAGUUUCAACAGAAUAUUCAGAGUUUGAAGAUGGAGAUAAAAGACAACAAAAACAGUAAUGAAGCACAUAUGUUAAGGCUAGGUGAUGUAAAAACUCUCUUGACAGAACAUAUUCAAAACUUAAAUGAAUCUAAGACUGCUUUCCAACAAGAAUUAGAAAUUUUGAACAAGCGGAUGGAGACCACAGAGAAACAAGAUAACUUAAGUUCACGUGUACAAGUUUUUGAAGACAGUUUACGAAGAUUUUCACUUUCUCUGGAUAAUCUUCGUGCAGCUCAAAACGUAUCCAACACACAACUGAUGAGAAUCUCUUCCAUGUUUUCGAAAGACUGCAAAAAAUUAUAUGAGAAUGGUAUCAGAACAUCUGCUGUAUAUGAUAUCUAUCCAUGGGACAAUUAUGAUUCCAAGAAGAAUCCAAUACAAGUCCAGUGUGAUAUGUCAACGGCCGGAGGGGGGUGGACUGUGAUACAGAGUAGAGUUGAUGGCAAGGUAAAUUUCAGCAGAAGUUGGGAAGAAUAUAAGGAUGGAUUUGGCGAUCCAUCAACGAGCUACUGGAUAGGUAAUGACGCCAUACAUGAACUGACAAAGGAUAACAGCAGUUUGUUGUAUGUGAGCAUUACAGCAAAGAACGGCACUACCCUCUAUAGACAGUAUGACACGUUCUCUAUAUCCGGAGAAGACGACGAUUACACAUUGCAUAUUGCCGGAAAAGCGACAGGAACGUUAGACGAUAGGAUACGGUAUGGUGCAGGGGUAAACAACAUAAACGGGGGUGAAAUUUUCUACCUAUGA